AUGGAUUCGGUUGAGGAACAGGCUUUGUUCUUGGAAGAUGGACUCCUAGAACAGAAUGGAAGUAAUGGACUCCACACAGGAGAUGGCUCAGUCGACAUUAAUGGGAAGCCUGUUCUUAAGCAGAAGACUGGAAAUUGGAAAGCAUGCUCUUUCAUAUUGGGAAAUGAAUGCUGUGAACGCUUAGCCUACUAUGGAAUUGCUACUAAUCUCGUCACUUAUCUUACCCACAAGCUACAUGAAGGAAAUGUUUCAGCUGCAAAAAGUGUCAACAUUUGGGCUGGAACUUGCUACUUUACUCCCCUCAUUGGCGCCAUGUUGGCAGAUGCUUACUGGGGACGAUAUUGGACAAUUGCUGCUUUCUCCACAAUUUACUUCAUUGGAAUGUGUACUUUGACUCUCUCAGCAUCUAUUCCUGCUUUAAAGCCAGCUGAAUGUGUAGGUUCUGUGUGCCCUCCAGCAACUCCGGCUCAGUAUGCAGUAUUCUUUUUUGGCCUCUAUUUGAUUGCACUUGGGAUGGGUGGCAUCAAACCAUGUGUUUCAUCCUUUGGGGCGGAUCAGUUUGAUGACACUGAUCCUAAGGAACGGGUAAAGAAGGGAUCCUUCUUCAAUUGGUUCUAUUUUUCUAUCAACAUUGGUAGUCUUAUAUCAAGUAGUUUAUUGGUAUACAUCCAAGACAAUGCUGGUUGGGGUAUAGGAUUUGGAAUUCCUGCACUGUUCAUGGGCAUAGCUAUUGCAGUCUUCUUUUCAGGUACAUCCCUUUAUAGAUUUCAGAGUCCUGGGGGAGCCCUUUUACAAGAAUGUGCCAAGUUGUGGUUGCGUCAUUCCAUAAGUGGAAUCUGGAGGUCCCCCAAGACAGUAGUCUCCUAUAUGAAACAGAAGAAAAACACUCCGCUAUUGAAGGAAGCCGGAAACUGGUGUCUUGAUAAAGCUGCUGUACUGUCGGAGUCUGAGAUCAAAAGUGGGGACUUCGCCGAUCCAUGGAGGCUUUGUACUGUGACUCAGGUGGAGGAAUUGAAGGUUUUGAUCCGCAUGUUUCCAAUCUGGGCGACAGGAAUUAUUUUUUCUGCUGUCAAUGCUCAAAUGGGUACAUUGUUUGUGGAACAAGGGAUGCUGAUGGACAAGACAAUUGGUUCUUUCACCGUCCCUCCUGCUUCUAUGUCAACAAUUGAUGUUAUUGGUGUUAUUUGCUGGGUCCCAAUCUAUGAUAGGAUUAUCGUUCCACUUGCAAGAAAGUUCACUGGCAAAGAGAGGGGCUUCUCAGAGUUGCAGCGUAUGGGAAUCGGCUUGUUCAUUUCGACACUAUCAAUGACAGCUGCAGCAUUGGUAGAGAUUAACCGCUUGCAGCUUGCAAAGGAGCUUGGACUGGUUGGUGAAGCUGUCGAGGUGCCUCUUAGUAUCCUUUGGCAAAUUCCCCAGUGUAUGCUGAUGGGUGUGGCGGAAGUUUUUACAGCCAUUGGUCAGAUAGAAUUUUUCUAUGAACAAUCUCCAGAUGCCAUGCGGAGUCUAAGCACUGCAUUUGCUCUCCUGACGGUAUCUUUCGGUAGUUACCUGAGCUCCUUCAUUCUGAAUAUGGUAACUUACUUCACAACAGCAGGUGGGGAGACCGGAUGGAUUCCAGAUAACUUGAAUAAUGGGCACCUUGAUUAUUUCUUCUGGCUUUUAGCUGGACUCAGCUUCGCCAACAUGUUGAUCUACAUUGUUUGUGCCAAGAAAUAUAAACAGAAGAAGGCUUCCUAA